AUGUACAAACUCGUUAUUUUCGACUUCGAUGGCACGAUCUUUGACACAUAUGAUGCCAUUGAACACUCCAUUCUCUUGACUUUCGAGACGCUCCUCCCCGGCUUCACUCCACCUCCCGAUGAAGUCCGCCGGCUUGUCUCCACGGGCGCUCCGCCGGGAAACACCUUUCGAAGUCUCCAUCCUGGCGUGACUACCUUUGACGAGGAUUAUUGGGUCAAGAAAUAUCGCGAAUUAUAUGCAGUUCACGGCCAACAGCGCGCCAAGCCAUUCCCCGGCGCCGAGCAGGUGCUGAACUCCUUGCGUGCCCGCGAUAUUCCCAUCGUCAUCAUCAGCAACAAGGGCGUUGAGGCUUUAAAAUCGGCUUUGGCCAAGACUGGUCUCUUGGGAUAUUUUCCCCAGCCGUUUAUCCUAGGGGAUGGAGUUCCUGGGGUUACGAGAAAACCCGAUCCUUCCAGCUUCACGGACGUCAUGCUGCCGAGACUGAACGAGCUGUAUGGGGAGAAAGAAGGCGAGGUGCUUAUGGUCGGCGACACUCGAACCGAUAUUCAAUUCGCCCAAAAUAUCAAGGCAAAGGUUUGUUGGUGUCGGUACGGCCAGGGCGACAGCGAGGAAUGUAGUCGCUUGAACCCGGACUUUACCAUUGACUCGGUGAUUGAUCUGUUAGACAUUGUGGGCAUUUCAAAGACGGAGUGA